AUGACGCCCCAAACACGCAUGCAAGAACAGAACCAAACGGCCCAACUAGCGGCGCAGUUCAACAAGUUCUAUCUUGAAACGACAACUCCCGAGGUGAACCAGAUCGGGAACUACUCCAUUGUCAGCGAAAUCGGCGAAGGUGCUUUUGGCAAAGUAUACCUAGCGCAGCACAUUCUUCUUGGAUGUCAAGUUGUGCUCAAGUGUGGCCUUGUUGACGACCCUAACAUUGUGCGAGAAAUCUACUACCACCGGCAGCUUAGGCACAAGAACAUUGUGAAGUUGUACGAAGUGGUUCGCACAGAAACUCAUUUGUGGAUGGUACUUGAGUACUGUGAGGGAAAUGAACUUUACCACUACAUUUAUGAGCAAAAACGCUUGGACAUUGAUGUGUGUCGACAUUUGUUUCAUCAAAUAGUCGAAGCCAUGCGCUACGUUCACCUGCUCAACCUCUGCCAUCGUGAUUUGAAGCUAGAAAAUAUUUUGCUUGCCGACACAAAACGCACGGUGGUGAAGUUGACAGACUUUGGCUUUGUGCGUGAGUUUAGUCCUUACAAACGGACCUUCUUGUCCACAGUGUGCGGAACGACAGCGUACAUGGCCCCAGAAGUCUUGAAAAGCGAAAAGUACUCGGGUUUUGCCGUCGAUAUCUGGUCUAUGGGUGUGAUUCUCUAUGCGAUGGUGUAUGGCGAACUUCCUUUCGACGAGGACGACGCACUCAAGACGAAAUAUUGCAUUAUUAAUCUGGAACCGCUGUUUCGGGGCCCUCCUCAGCCUGAAGCUGCUCAGCUCAUUCGCAAGAUGCUUUCCAAAGACCCAAAUGCUCGGCCAUCGCUCACAGAAAUCCUCAACUCGCCUUUUUUGAUAGACAUCACCAACGAAAAAAUGGCGCCCAAAACCCCGGUCAAUGAUACAGAGUCUGUAAUGUCCAUCAAUCAGCACUAUCGUUUACAUUCCAUGCCGUUUCAGUCAAAGAUUGAGCGGCAUCUUCUCAAAAAGAUGGAAAAGCUCAACAUGGACGUGGACAGAGUCCAAGCAGCUGUGUUUAGCGGACAAUCGAACCCUCUAACGGCCUUCUAUGAGCUAGCUCUAGCGCAAGAAUUCAAGAAAAAGAAGACUCGCUACAUGCGUAAAAAGCGCUACUACGAGGCCAAGCGGCUGUUGAAAAAACAGAGACAACGGAUGCGGAGCGCUCUUUCGCUCAACGAUCAAGCAUCAAUGCCACCGCUUGAAAAAAUCCUUCUGUCUCUCAGUAUCAGUUCACGGCAGACAGAUAAAGAAGAAAGAGGAGAAAGAACGUCAAGUCGGCAGCUGAAAAUAUCGGAACCAGAAACUCUGAAGGUAGAAGGAGCAGACCAAAAGACAACUGCAAAUAUCACAGAUAGAUCUGUUCAGCAAAAACCUGAACGGCAGUUUGAACGGCCUCGUACGGCGCUGCUUCGCCUGGUUUCUUUUUAUGAGCGGCCUCUGGAGCGGCGGGGCUUUUUGAAUCGCCUUCAAUUUUGGAAGCGCAACAAACUUGAAGCGGACAUUCUGCGUCCCGUAGCACGUCUGCUUUCUCGGCGUCCUGAAUCUGUUGUCUCACAGAAUAGUCAGUACAGUACUCAGAGCCACAUGUCUGCGCUUUCCGAAUCAGAGGCUGAUCUUCUUGCUACAGAUGACGAGUAUUUCGACGAUGGAUCAGAGUCUUCUCUUAGUACGCAGAUGCGGUUAUCGUACCGGCGUAUACGUCCCAGACCUCAACGGCUUAUGUCUGAUUCUCUGGUGUCUCGCUUGAAACGUAGUCUGAUGUCGCAAGUGUCAAGCAACUCAUCGGAAGAAAGCUCUGCACUCUCUAGAAUCGCAGAUAGGCUUGAUGACCGCCCGCCCCUGCCGCAAACCAAAAAGCGAGCCCGCAAUGGUCAUUUUAAAAUGCCUAUGCCGGGCAGGCCAGUUUCGCCACCUAUGGGAACUGGCGAUAACAAUGCAUUCCGGUGGCCAGAAGGAAAUAAUUAUGAUACGCUGCAAGUAGACCCGCAGGCCUGGUCUAGCAGCGGAACGCAGGUGUUGCACAAGUUCAUCAAGAUAGAGGAAGAAGACGAAGAGGCGGACCAUGAUUCAGAGCCGGAAAUGAACCAAAAAAACGAAAUGGUGUGA